UGUAGUUCACUCACAACGCAUACACUCUCUCUCUCUCUCUCUCUCUCUCUCUCUCUCUCUCUCUCACUCCUUCCUCUUCCGCCCUCCAAUGGCUUAGAAUCGUCGCCGAGCAAAGCGAAAGGGGGCGAUUUGAUGCCCUUUAGGGUUUUGGAUCGAGUGGGGUAGGUUAAUGGUGAUGCUCCCUCCUCCGGGAUCGGAAAAUGGGGGUUCUCGAAUCUAUUUUGGGGAAGAAUGGGAGGAAGUUCAUCAAGCGCAAGGAUAGCGAUGCGGGAGAACAUGGUCGGGCACUCGAGGAGCUGCGGAGCUCCUUGUACAGUGAGAUACAUACUUCAGAAGGAGCGAAAAGACAGCAGCAGAGAUUCUGUGGUCCAGUUGUUGCAAUGACUUUCAACUUUACAGUUGCUGUUGGCAUAAUCAUGGCAAAUAAAGUGGUCAUGGGCAAGGUUGGAUUUAACUACCCAGUUGCUCUAUCGUUAAUCCACUAUGCAGCUGCUUGGUUUCUAAUGGCCAUCUUCAGGGCGAUUUCCCUCUUACCUGCUUCUCCUCCUUCGAAAUCCACUCCUUUCUCCUCUUUAUUUCUUUUGGGUGCUGUCAUGUCUCUUUCCACUGGUCUUGCUAAUAUCAGCUUAAAACAUAACAGUGUAGGAUUCUAUCAGAUGGCAAAGAUAGCUGUUACUCCAACUAUUGUUCUAGCAGAGUUUAUGCUUUUUAAGAAAAAGGUUUCCUUGCAAAAGGCUAUUACACUUGCUGUAGUAUCAGUAGGAGUGGCUGUUGCCACUGUCACUGAUCUGGAGUUCAAUUUUUUCGGUGCUUGUGUAGCAUUAGCAUGGAUUGUACCGAGUGCUGUAAAUAAAAUUUUAUGGUCAAAUUUGCAGCAGAGUGGCAAUUGGACUGCUCUCGCGUUGAUGUGGAAAACAACCCCAAUUACCAUAUUCUUCUUCAUGGCUUUGAUGCCUUUGCUGGACCCACCAGGCAUUUUAUCCUUUAAUUGGGAUUUCAACAACACGACCGCUAUAAUUGUAUCAGCCCUUUUUGGAUUCCUACUUCAGUGGUCAGGAGCUUUGGCACUUGGUGCGACGUCUGCAACCUCUCAUGUUGUUUUGGGCCAGUUCAAAACAAUAGUUAUUAUGCUCGGUGGCUAUCUGCUUUUUAGUUCUGACCCUGGGGCUACUAGUCUGUGUGGAGCGAUCGUUGCUCUUUGUGGGAUGUCUGUCUACACUUACCUCAACCUGCGAGGGCCAAACGAGUCGCCACCGGCUUCUAGCAAGCAGCUUCUUUCGAAGCAGAGCUCCCUUUCCUCAAAGCCUAAAGCUAGCGCAGAUGACGAGAAGCUUGAAACAAAGAAUGCUGAUUCUGUUUGACCGAAGAAGCCCCUAGGAAGAGCUGAGCUAUUGCUUAUUUAACCAAUUAACCUUUUCCCUUAUUUUCUUUUUUCUUUUUUAUUUAUUUUCUUUCUUCAUGCAUUUUUUAAUGUUUUUUUUUUUUUUCCUGGUAAUCUGGGUUAUAAUAUUGCAGAGUUAGUGCAAUUUUGAGUCAAUUGUACAGCAACAGCUAUGUUUCUGGAUAGUUGCCAAAGUCCUAUAAAUAUUCUGUGUGAAGUUGUUUACAGUAUGCGGCAUAGCAAGGUCAUUAAAGAGUUCUUCUGAGCUGAUGUAGUUGCAUUAA